ACACUACCGCCGUCCGACUACAUCCGGGAAACUCGGACGCCGCCGCCUUCGCUUAACGUCGGCUGAUAUCGGCUCUUUCCGCCAAAGCUCCUCCCAUUCCAGCCAGUCCUUUUUUCUUUUUUGAACCCACCCUCUUUCUUAAGUCUAUGCCCCGCCUCCUCCCUUCCGGAUGCUAAGGCGAGUUCCUUCGGGAAACAUCGACCAUUUCCGUCAGGUUCCGACAAGCCCCCCCUUGGGUUGUUUGGGGUUUUUUUAGCCUCCCUUCGCUCUCUGUUCGGUCGCUGCAGUUUCGGAAAACAUCGGUAGUCUCCGUGCAGCCUGCAGCCCUCGCAUUCGGGCGGCACCGGCUGUCUCCGUCACGGAUCGCUAUCUCCACUUCGACUAUUUCCGCAAGGGGAAGGAGAAACGCCGCCACAAUCGGUUAUUCCCCCCAACUUAAUCCUCCGAGAAUGAGCUCCGGAAAUACGCUCGGAAAGUGGUGGAUAAAUUCAAGCUAGGUGGCUUGGAGUUUUUCUUUGGUUCCUGUUUCGGCUGAACGACGUUCUCUGCUGGGAUAACAGAAACGCGUUUUGUUCCAUCCCCGACGAAGCCGAAGUUACCGGAGUUAUUUAGUGGGCGUUACCGGAGGCAGACGGUGGUGAGAUCAGCUGGUGGAAACAAGGAUCAUUUCCUUCUCUGAAGGGUGGAGCCAGCAGGAUGACUCACCAGGGGGCUGUUCUGCAAGGCUAUAAUAACGAACUUGUGAAACAUAUAGAAGACUUGUACAUGCAAAGAGAAGAAGUGAGCAAGCAGAUCAGGGAAGCGGAAGAGGAAAAGAGUAGGAUCCAGGAUAAAAUCGAGACACUGACAAAACAACUGGAUUGCGUGUGUGAAAACUUAGCACAGAAAAAUGCUGCACAGAAGAAACUUGACGAAGUUCUUGCCGAAGCAGCGUUGACUUACGAGAAGAUCUUGGAAAGCUCUAGGAUGCUGCUGAACGUUUUGAAAGCCGAAACAGGGAAUUUAGACAAAACGAUAAUGCUAAAUAGAAAUGUGACUGGGGAUAUUCAAACACUUGGGCUCCAACAAACGCAGCACUAGGCUUUGUGAAAAGUUAUAUACAAGAAAUGUCACACUUUGAUCUUGUAUUGGUGGGUUUAUUAAUGUUUUUAUUAUGUAUCAAUUGUUACUUUUUAUAGAGGAUAUCAUGGAAGCAAUAAACAAGUUGAAAAUAAAGUUCUUUAAAACUUAACUGCUUAUCCUAAGAUUGUUUUAGAUGCUGCAAGGACUACAUGUUGGAGCCAACUGACACAUGAUCCAAGGAGCCUAGCAGCUGCUGGAUCAGUGAACAGAGUACUUGGGAUUCAGCAUACCACGGGCUGUGUUUAAAGCAACAGUGCAGCAUCUACUAUUUUUGGAACAGUAAGGAAAGAAUUGGUUUGUAAAAUGUUUGCGGUUCCAGUAAUACGUCUGAGGGCCAUGUGGGCAGGAUUUAGGACAUAACACUUGGGUAAAUCCUGCAGGGCUUUUCCACUUUUUUGUUGCAAGCUUUUACUGUGUCCCUUCAUAACUGUAGUACACCAGCAACAACUCCUUCCAAAGGAGCUCCUUGGAAGACAGGGACAUGCCUCUCUCAGCCAGUGGGUUCUGGGGUCCCAGUCUCAAGUCAUUUCAAGCUGUUGGAUUACAUUAUCCCUGAGUGACCAAACUCACCUGUGAUCUAUGCAAAGUACCCAGCCCUCACCAGCGUUGAGGUAUAAGCCGAUGGCAAGGCGUUACAUCAGCAGCUCAGAAGACAACAAUGCCCCUCCUUGGGGG